UACUAGUUUACUUCCGGGGCGGAACCUAGCUGUGCCGGAAGUGACGUAGCCGCGCGUCCUUGGCGCUAUGGAGCAGCAGCAACAGCAGCUGAGAAACUUGCGAGACUUCCUGUUGGUCUACAAUCGGAUGACCGAGCUCUGCUUCCAGCGCUGUGUGCCCAGUCUACACCACCGAGCCCUGGACGCCGAGGAGGAGGCCUGUCUGCACAGCUGUGCCGGGAAGCUGAUCCAUUCCAACCACCGCCUUAUGGCCGCUUAUGUGCAGCUUAUGCCUGCCUUGGUACAGCGCCGCAUCGCAGACUACGAGGCUGCCUCGGCUGCGCCAGGCGGUACCGAAGAACAGCCCCAAGUCUCGCCAUCAGGCAGCUAGCCUUCCAGUCUCAUGAAGGGAGGUGCCAGAUGGACCCUCAAAUUGAAGGCCCCAGUAGACCUUGGGCUUGGUUGAAGUAUGUACAGAGAUUGAGGCCGUUACCUGAAAGCUGGGUGCUGUUGUUGUUGCUCCUUAUCCUAGAGCCAAUAAACCCACUUUUACGCCAUUUUGUUUAUAUUCUGGGCAUGGAACCUUUGUUUUACUGGUGCCAUGCUUUGUUCUGUCACUGAGUGCAUAUCUGCGGGCUUCAAGCCCCGACAAGUUCCUGUUCAGAUGACAGGCUGCCCAUAAAUCUGUGUGACUUAAAUGGCAAAGUAUGCAUUAGUUCCUGUUUCCCCCCCCUCCUAUAUUGUUUUAUAAGAAAUAAUUGUGCUGGAUCUUUGUGGGGAACCCACAGAGCUUUUUAGACAUCACUUUUAGGGAGUCAUUGACCACAGAGAUGAAAUUUGUAAAAUUUCAAGAAUUGCUCAAUAAUUUCAACCUUUUCUCUGAAUUGUUAGUAUCCUUGUAUUUCUUAUCUUCAUGGAAUUGGCAGUAAAACCUUUCAACAAAAAAGGAUCUGUGUGU